AUUCUCACUCUUUGUCUAAAUAAAGUACAAGAUAACUUGAUAAGAGAACAAGUAAGCAGAUAAACAGCUUGUUCAAAGGUCUACCAACGACAAUUCAAAUUUUCCUUAAGAUCAGAAGACUGCAAGGCUAGGAUUGUCUGCACCGACGUACGUUCUUCCGUGAUGACUGGAUGGAAAUGACUACUUGGAAAUAGCUACUUGGAGCUGCGAAUGAAUAAAGAUCAAUCUGAGAAACCAACCCAUUCAGAUGUGGAAGAUUUAGACGAAGUGGACUGGCGUCGCGAAGAAAGCCUGGAAAUGAGAAAGGCUAUUUUGGUUGGUGAAAAUGUCCUCUGAAAUUCUUCAAGCAUGGAUGUGAAUUCAAUGGUCGUUACUCUACUUGGAAUGUGGCUUGCAUUAUGGAGUUCUACCGAUGCGACAAUCGACUUAGAAACGGCUCCCGCGAAGAAUGCUGUUAAUAUGGAAUGGUACAACAGUUCGGUGAGUUAUUGGCCUUUUGAGAGUUUCUCAGACAAGAUCAUACGAGACUGGACUGGAAAUAAUAACGGAAAGAUUAACGGAACGGUUCGCUCGGUAAACGGAAUAGUUGGAUCUGCCAUUGAAUUAACGGGAAAAUAUUCAUGGAUAGAUUUUGGUCUUCUUCCGGAAACCUGUUUGAACCAGCCUGACGCCUGUUCUGAGGGAUUUACUAUAGCAUUCUGGCUUAAACUGCCCACGUUUGAGGGCAAUAAAAUCAUAGUUCAACUUGGACAGAAUCGCCACUCAAGGGGAUUCACCGUUUGGACAAGACGUAAAAAAGAAAAGAAAAUCAAUUUCAGCGUGAACGGCAAGCAUCUAAGCUUUCACUCCAUGCUGAACUGGCCCGCAACCUACUGGACCCACGUAGGAUUAAUCUGGAGAAAAACGGAACAAAAUCUCGGGAUUUAUUUCAAUUGUUCACUAGUUGGAAUUGGCGGGGUCAAGAAUGCCAGUAAAUCGUCAAAAACUGCGAAGUUGAGUAAAGUGACAUUAAUGGUGGGAGCAAGCCAUGGGCACAACAAAAAUGCUCAUAUGUUAAUGGAUGAAUUUGCAAUUUGGAACCGAACUCUAACUGAGGAUGAGUUAUGCAGAGUGGUUGACAUCAAAACCGUUCAUGGUGGAUACGGUAACUGGUCAUCGUUCAGUAAGUGUAACAAAACAUGUGGUAAUGAAACACAAAUCCGAUUCAGGGAGUGUAAUAAUCCUGUACCUCAAAACAGAGCACGAAACUGCUCUGAGUUAGGACCAGCGUACGAAGAAAGACCCUGUAAUAACACUCCAUGUCCGAUACACGGGGGCUACGGUCAAUGGUCUGGCUUUACUCAGUGCACGAAGUCUUGCGGAUCAGGACAGAAGUACCGAGGAAGAUUGUGCAACAACCCGGAACCACAGUACGGCGGACUCAAUUGUUCACGCCUUGGUAUUAGCUACGAGUCCGCUUCUUGUAAUGACCACCCAUGUCCAGUGGAUGGAGGUUAUACGGAGUGGUCAAUGUUUAGUGAAUGUUCCAAGUCUUGUGAAAAUGGCACCCAGUUUCGUCAUAGAAACUGUACGAAUCCAGCUCCUGCUUACGGUGGAAAGAACUGCUCUAGUCUUGGAAAAGAUCGUAUUAUGAUUCCAUGCAAUACUCAUAAAUGUCCCAUCGCCGGGGGGUACACAAAUUGGACCAAUUUUACGGAGUGUACAAAGACAUGCGGAAGCGGCACGAAAUUUCGAACUCGAAACUGCAGCAAUCCUUUUCCGCAGUUCGGCGGGAAGCAUUGCUCGGUUAUAGGACCUGCGAAUGAGACAAUAUUUUGUAAUACUGAUCCUUGCCCGAUAGAUGGUGGAUACACUGCGUGGACGGAAUUUAGUAAUUGUUCUAAGCCUUGUGGAAAUGGAACGAGGUUUCGGUUUAGAAACUGUACAAAUCCUCGUCCUCAGCACGGAGGAAGGAAUUGCUCUCGUUUUGGUGAAGACAUCGAGGUUUUAUUCUGUAAUGUUCAUUAUUGCCCAAUACAUGGAGGUUAUACUAUGUGGUCAAAUUUCACUGAAUGUUCGGUAUCUUGCGGAGGAGGUCUUAAGACUCGAAACAGAACGUGUACUAAUCCUGUUCCGAUGUACAAUGGAAAGAACUGUUCACAUAUUGGUGCGGAUUAUCAGUCUCAGGACUGCAACACUGACCCGUGCCCGGUCCAUGGAGGUUUCACUCCUUGGUCAAACUUCACAGCUUGUUCUAAAACUUGCGGAAAUGGAACAAGAACACGAAACAGAACGUGUAGUAAUCCUGCUCCGAAGCACGGGGGCAGAAAUUGCACGGGGGAAUUCGAAGAGGUAGAAGACUGUAAUACGUUUCCUUGUCCGAUUGACGGAGGAUACACAAAGUGGUCAAAUUAUAGCGAGUGUUCCAAGUCAUGUGGAAUAGGUGAACAAGUUCGCUUUCGAAACUGCACUAAUCCUAUUCCACGGCACGGAGGCAAGACAUGUGAUGAUAUAGGACCACCUAUGCAAGUAAGAGUCUGUAACACCCAUCUUUGUCCAGUUGAUGGGGGUUUUACAGAAUGGACGAAUUUCACCGAGUGUAGUAAAUCGUGUGGAAAUGGCACGAGCAUCCGAACUAGAUCCUGCACGAAUCCGACACCCCAGCACGGAGGGAAAAAUUGUACACGUAUCGGGAGUAGCUUUGAUCUACGUUAUUGCAAUGAGCAUCCUUGUUCAGUCAAUGGAGGGUACACUCCAUGGUCGAAUUUUAGUGAUUGUACGAAAUCUUGUGGCAAUGGAACAAAAAAUAGAUUUAGAAAUUGUACGAAUCCAACCCCAAUGCAUGGGGGGAAAAAUUGUUCUCAUUUGGGACCUGAAUUUGAAAUAUUUCCUUGUAAUACGCAUUACUGUCCUAUUGAUGGAGGAUAUUCAACCUGGACGAACUAUACCAUGUGUAGCAAGCCGUGUGGAAACGGUACUCGAUAUAAAACAAGAACUUGCGAUCGUCCAAAGCCGCAGCACAAUGGCUUGAAUUGUUCUCGUUUAGGGCCAGCAAAACACGUUAUGCCGUGUAAUGUUUUUCCUUGUCCUAUACAUGGGAGCUACAGCGCUUGGAGCGCGUUUACACCGUGCGAUAAAACAUGUAAUAAUGGAACGAAAUUUAGAACUAGAGAAUGUAACCAACCCGUUCCGCAGUUCGGUGGGCGAAAUUGUUCUCUCUUAGGUCCUGAUAUUGAAGUGGUUGAAUGUUUUUUGAUGCACUGUCCUAUAGAUGGGGGGUAUAGUAACUGGUCAGAAUUUGGGCCCUGUUCUAAGUCCUGCAAUAUUGGGAUUAAAAAUAGAACAAGAAUAUGUAACAACCCUGAGCCCAAGUAUGGAGGUAAAACCUGUGAAGUGCUUGGGGAGGCAACGGAGGAGGUUGUCUGUAAUACACACCCAUGUCCUAUUCACGGAGGCUACACGCAAUGGACAGAGUUCUCGUCUUGUUCGAAAACAUGCGAAGGAGGGAUCAGAGUGAGAACGCGCAACUGUUCGAAUCCUACUCCUAUGCACGGAGGAAGAAACUGCAGUGACAUUGGACCGAAUACAGACAUCAUCAUAUGUAAUAAGGAAAGAUGCCCUGAUAUCGUAUUCAACAUUACGAUGAACCUUACAAAUAAAGUGUGGACGCCGGAUCUCGCAGACUUGGACAGCACAAAUUACAUUGACCUGAAACACGAUCUCAAAUCCAGUAUUCGCAGGAUUUACGUUAAUGGAAUAUCGGGAUUCAACGUUCGGUUUAGGUAUGUGAGGAAAGGCAGCGUAAUAGCAGAUGUUGUUAUCAAGUACUAUAACUAUCUUUACCACGGUAUCACAAUGCUGUAUGAUGCCAUCUACCACAAUGGACGUCUUGGAAUAUAUAUAGUUAAGCCCAUCAGCCUUGCAACUAUAGACGUUCCUGUUCGAGGCCCUACCAACGUCCUUGGCUACAACACCAGUUCCACAAGUGUUCUUCUCAGUUGGGAUGCAGUUGACAGUGAAUACGCUAAUGGCAACAUAACUAAUUACCGUAUUACCUAUAAACAGUUGAAAAAGCAAUACAGAAAGCGCCGUGAGAUUAAAACCUCGACGCUUAGAAGCAUCACAGUACCUAAUCAACUUAAUUAUGAAGUAACGGGCCUGGAGAUGUUUACUAACUACGAGUUUCGAGUUGCUGGUAAAAACAAGAGAGGGGUUGGACUGGAUAGUGAGCCCAUCGUGGUGAAUACGGAUCAGGACAGACCGCUACAACCUCCACCAUUUAUUUCUGCUUCCAACGAGAGUUCAACAAGCCUACGUGUGUCCUGGUCUUCCAUUUCUAAGGAACACAUCCCGGGGUUUGUCGAAGGAUACCGCGUGUACUACAAGCCUUUCAAUCAAAACCCUGUAAUCACCAUGUCUAUUACAGUUGCGCCUGACACCAGACAAGUACUUUUAACCAAGCUUGACAAAUACACUAAGUAUCAGAUUGAUGUAUGUGGAUAUACGAUUAAAGGAGAAGGGCCUAAAGCUACUGCAUACGUUAUGACCGAUGAGGAUGCACCAAGCAAACCACCAGAGAAGGUACGAGCGCACAACACAUCCUCAACAAGCAUAUACGUCCAAUGGGAGCCCAUACCCAAGGGAUACAUACACGGGAUUCUACGAGGAUACGUGGUCAUUUAUGAGACUUCUGGGCUUGGAGACUGGUUAAAUAUUACCAUAAAUGGCGAUAUUAGGACCUGCAUAAUCAACAACUUACGAAAAUUUACAAAAUAUACAAUACAAGUUCUGGGAUUCACCUCCAAAGGCGAAGGGAAACUAAGUAAAGCGGUGGUGCUAAAAACAGACCAAGACGUGCCUGAACAAUCCCCAGUCAAUGUAACCGGCUUCAACAAAAGUUCCACAGAACUCUACAUCGAAUGGCAGCCAUUAGAGAAAAUAUAUUGGAACGGCAUAGAGCUGGGCUACAAGAUCUUCUACGUUCCUCUUAUAUCGAACAGUGAACCCGAGAAGACAACAACAGUCGAUGCAAAUUCCAAUUUUACAACACUUGAUCAACUGGACAAGUUUACUUGGUACAAGGUUAGAGUCGCUGCCUUUACUAGCAAGGGCCUUGGACCAAGAUCCCUUGAAAUCACUUUACAGACAUCAGAAGAUGUGCCAAGCAAGGCCGUAAUAGUUCUCAAGGCACGACACACCAGCCAUAACAGCCUGUUGGUAGAAUGGAAAUCAAUCCCCAAAGAUUAUGUUCACGGGAUUCUACGAGGUUUUCGAAUAUAUUUCUGGGAAGUGAACAGAACACCCAAGAAAGUCCAGACAAAAGGAGUUCCACCAGAAGCAAGAAGUGCUGAGUUGACAGAUCUGUUGAUAUAUACCGAGUAUGCUAUGGAGAUUAUUGGGUUCACUUCUGCUGGAAAUGGGGCUGUCAGUAGGCCUGUGUAUGCUAGAACAGACCAAUACACACCUGGAGCAGCACCAGUUAACCUACGAGCUCCGAACAGAACAAGCCCCACCAUCAUCAAGGUCAAUUGGGAUCCAAUACGUAACCCAUACGAUGUCCAUGGCAUUCUUCUCGGAUACCGGGUAUUUUACACUGCAGUGGCUUUAUCAAAAAAACCGUUCGAUCAAGCAAUACCUUAUCUGAGCGUCACUUUGGAGAACCCGCCACGAACGUCCGUGGAGUUGCGCAACUUGAGCGCGUUCACCAGAUAUCAUAUAUAUGUACUGGCGUUCACUAUCAAAGGUGAUGGAGUCAAAAGUCCAAUCAUUGUCGCAGAAACGUGCAACUGUCACAGAACACUUCACACGAACUGGUGGGCAAGCUCUCCGUACGUCGAAACCCCAGGCUCACUAAAUAACUCUGGAAUCAUCCCUCCAGUCCUAGAAGACGCAGUAAGAACAUGCUGUGAAACAUGUGCCGAGUUUAAAACAACAGUCGUCGACUACACCUUGUCAAUCUCCCAGAAGCGCGCAAGAAAACAAGGCUUACAGGAAUUUCGAGAGAACAUUGAAGAUGCGGAGUUCAGCUUUCCUGUUUAUGGAUUCAUGGAUCAAAAAGUGUAUUCAGGAUCGUUUGGUUUUGUGCCGUUAGUUAGUUCACCAGGGAUUGCCUUGAUUGUUAUCGGAGACGAAGAGGGCGCUGCUGCUCGGAUGUUGAUCAAGUCCAUCAUGCUUUGCUGGCCAAUUAUCUUUCUUGAUAUCAUGCUGCUUUGGGUUCUCAGUAUCGUUAUUUGGUUUGUGGAAACAUUCAGCAACUCGCGUCAUUUUCCUCAUAACAUGCUGCAAGGUACAUGGGAAGGGAUGUGGUGGGCCUUUGCAUCCAUGACAACACUCGGUUAUGGCGAUCGUAUACCUCGUACUUCAGUUGGUCGUAUCAUCUGUAUCGUGUGGAUCUUGAUUGGUGUCAUCCUAAUAGCUUGUUUUAAUUCAACCAUGACAUCAAUACUGACAGCUCGUAUACUGGAUAGGGAUAUCAUGCUAUAUGGAACAAAGAUUGCUGCAAUCCAGAACUCAUCAGAAUACCGACUGGGAGUAAGAAAGAAUGCUCGUGUCAACCCCAGUGGCCGGAAAUACUCGAACUUAGAUGAAAUCUUUAACGCUUUGGUUAAUCGAGACGUCAAAGGAAUCCUUGUCGAUGCUUACACUGUUGGAAGCAAAAAAGAGUUGUUCCAACGGAAAGAUCUUCGCAUCAGUAAAAUAUUUGAUUUUUCAUCAGCUUAUGGUGUUGUUCUUGGAGGCGAGAGUAAAAAGCUGCAAACUUGCUUUAACAGCUACUUAAGUGAACAAAGAUCGUAUAUCUCUGAAAUAAUAGAACGAAAUACCAAGACAAUAGAGGUCCAGCCCAAAGCUGUCAGCGUCGAGCGCUCACAAGGACUCUUCGACGCGAGUUUUCCAACUUACACAAAGACAGUCAUCAUUUGUUCGACGGUACUUGCAUUGUUAUUAGUUUUGGGAGCAAAGUUUGAAUGCGCAAAGAAGAUAGGAUGGAUUACUUUCAAAUCACAAGAAAAAUCCAAAAAAUACAAACCUCCAACACUGGAGGAACUUAAAAACCGCAGCAAGGAAAUGCGUAGAGAAAUGUCACUAGUAGUGGAAACCUUCGUCAUCAAUUGCAAAAGACGAGUCGCGAGUCUAAAGAUGAAACACCUGAAAGAGUUACAACAGUUAGCAAAGUUGAAGAAAGAAAAUGAAAGCGGUCCUUUAGAGAAAGGUUCCUUUACCAAGCACAACCUGUGGAAUAUUGCUUGUAACAAAAAAGGGAACGGCUUUACUUCUACAUUAAUUAAAAAAGCCGAGCAAAGUAAUGGUCAUUCUAAUGGGUUUCCUUUCCCAAAAAGAUUCAAGAAGAGUAAGGAGGUAGAAACAGUAGUAUGAUACUUUGAUUAAUGUUGAUAUGAUAAUAAUUCAAUAGUAAUGUAUAUAUAAUUUGUAACAUAGCUAUAUAAAUGCACUAGAGUUAUAUGAAUGAAAUCCAUGAAUGAGCUAUAGGUUUUCAAUGAGCCUAAGAAAAAAUAUGCAACAUGCUUUGUAGUUUUAUAACACACUCUACAAAAUUACUCGAUUCUGAUUGGACAAGAGGAGAACAAUUAAAUCCCAAAUUGUGUUCUGUAGAAAUCGCACGAUGUUUUGAAAGUUCUCAAAUUGUACUCGAUGGCUCGUCCAAUUUUGAAAACUUUCAAAACAUCACUUGUACCUAUAAAUUCCGAAUUGUACUCGAGUUCCUACACUUAUUUUAGGACCAUAUGUACAGAUUAGGACUUGUUAACAGGUUUAUUGAAAACCUAAAUAAUAUGAUCACUUUUGUUUGCACGUUUAUUUAAUAUAACAUUUCGUUGCAUGGUUUAGCAUGUCAUUAGUCAUGUUUGAUGACUUCCAUUCAUGGUGUUGAAACAUCAGUCACCACCAUGUCUUUCUGAAGACCACACAAUUCACCCAGACAAAUAUCACACUUAAGCAACAAUUCUGAUCUCAAAACAAUUCACUUUAUUCAUGUCAUGACAGUCUCCCUCAAAGCUGCCAUCAGUGUCGUCAUGUAAUGCUUUCUCCCCUGGGUAGCAGUACUCAGGGAAGAAAGUGUCAUGUGACGACAAUAAUAGUCAAUUAAAGGGAGACUAUGUCAUGAAUGAUUGCAUUGGGCGAUAAAUUAUAAUGCACUUUGCAAUUGUUCAGUGACAAACAGAUGAACACAUGCAUUCAUCAAUUGAACGUACGAAGGCACUAAACAAACAGAUAAGUGAUAGAUAGUUGAUGACGAGAAAAUGGUAGAAAUGGUAAUUUUUUAGUAAGGAAUAAAUGUAAAUAAUAUUUGAAAGUAUUUUUCAUCUUUAUUAGCACUUUUUAAUGAAAUCUUUUCCCUAGUCAAAAGAUGGUAAUAUUUGUAGGUCGGGAGCAUGCCGUUCUCAUUACUUGCCAGCAAAAACAAUAAGUACACAACGUUUUUAGUUUGGGCCGUAAUGUCGUAUCCAUAUUCAUGUUUGUUCAGUCAUAAUCAAAUGAAAGAAUGACACUCUAGGGAAUGAUAUGAUGGGAAAUGAGAAAACAUUACAUCCAAAUUAUUUAUACUUAGAGGUACAUUGUGAUUGUAGUACAUGGUCAAGUGAUCCUAAUAGACAAUUUCCUUGAUGCAUGAGCACUUUCAUAAAUAUUGCAGGCACAGAUAUGAAAACAAGCCAUUUUCAGGCAGUUCAUAAGAAACCUUUGGAAACCAUAUAUUUAUAGUUAUAAUUUAGAUUUCUAAAACCUUGUCUGAAGUGAGAUUUUCCCACAAAAGUUAUAAUCCUGGUAACGAACUAAUAGUAACGUCAAAGUAUUCCUUCAUUAACAUAAUUUCAAAGUUUUUGUAUGAUUGUGUUUUCUAUAGUGUGUGUAAGAUCUUGCCCGAAAAUGCCUUGUUUUAAAAUCUGAGCAUACAAUACUAAUUUAAAAGUAGCGCUCAUGCAUCUCGGAAAUACGCUAUUUUAGCCAUUCCAAAAUUGGACACUCAUAUUGAAUUUACAAGAUAAAAUUAAUAUAUAUUAUAGAAAAGAAAACAAGUUCAUUUACUGUGCAGACACUCCAACAGUAGCCUCCUUUAAUAAUAAUAAUAAUAAAACUUUAUUUAAAGAGGGGACACACAACAGUUACAAUAAAACACAUCGUACUGAAAACCCAGUGGCCCUCUGAAAGCAGCCGUUCUUAGGGUCGUCAUGCAACGUUGCGUGACGAUCCUACUAAGAACUGCUGCAAAGGAGGCUACUCCAACAGCAGCCUAAUAAGACUGGAUCUUGAACCUAAUUGUGCCUUAAGUAUAGACCGUUUUCUCAAGGUUGCAUGUGCAUCCAACUUGACAGGCCACAAAACUGUAAUAAGGAAUAAUCAGCAAAAUCGAGAAGCCAGUUUUAUAUCUAAAGAGAAGAAUAAUUGAUCUGAUAAAUUCUUAUUGAAAAUUCUAAUAGAAAUGUAUGAUGAUUCUCAUUAUAAAGCUCCUGUUCUGGUAUUGUGGCCCGUCAAGUUCCUUAAAUUUGGAUGCGCACACAACCUUGAGAAAGCAGUCUAUUAAAAUAUAUAAUAUAUAUAAUUUUAGCCAUAGAUAGUUUUAGCUAUUUAGCUAUUAUGAAAAUAGACCUUUCUUAGAGUGAAGUCAUUUAACCCGUGAAAUAGAUAUUAGACUAACACACGUUAGUAGACCUUAACUCCAUUGUUAUAUUUCAUGUCUGUGUAACUAUUACACAUUGACUAGUAUUUUUUUGUUUCAUGGGUUAAAUGCCUUCACUCUUGACUAGUAUUUUUUUGUUUCAUGGGUUAAAUGCCUUCACUCUUGACUAGUAUUUUUUGUUUCACGGGUUAAAUGCCUUCACUCUAAUUUGGUGGAGUACCACCACUGAGAUUGGUCCCAAGCUGAGGUUAAACUUGAUCAAAAACAGUGAGCUUGAUCAAAUACUUAAUGCACAUCAAGUCCAGCCUUGACUUGGAGCUAUUGUAUGGUGGUCAUUCAAGCAAAUGUGGGCUUUUUAAGAUCUAUUGUGCAUGAGUUAUAAUUAUUAAUUAUAUUUAAUGAAUACAAUUUGUUUAUUUUUAUUAUUUAUAUUAUUUAAUUUAUCGAAAAUUGCAAAAACAUUUGUAUGAAGUUGUAGUUUACAAUUUAACAUUAUUAAUAAUAUAAUAUUAUCAAUGAAAAGCAAAUUACCAAAUUACCCAAACUACAACAAAAGUUUAGGCUUUAAAGGAAGAAUUUUUCAUUUCAUAAAGAACUUGAUUGAUAGGUUAAAGUUAAACCUUCAGCAUUAUUUCAACCAACAGACCUUUUUUGCUUGGACAUAAUACUUUCUCAUUUUGGACCACAUGAAAUUUCCCAGAGAAUAAAAAUUCUUUGUUUGAGUUGUA